AAACGAGAACGACAAUAUACUGCUUGAAAAAGCACUGCUCUAAUGUAAAUAAUGAACAAGCGUCCCUCUCAAUAAGAUUAAGAAUAAAAUCAAACUGAGUGUGUCUUGGUGACCCUUGCGAGCGAAAAUGGUUGAAUUCGGAAGUUUACAUCAAAAUUGAAGGGCAAGAUCGAAUUGAUUUGAGAGUUAGUCAGGAGCACCCGUGAAAUUAUUGUCAAUCUCGGCACAGAAAGCCAGCGAACAAAGGCAAGUAAACGAGCACACUUACCUUACAGACCAACCUUGUGAUUUCUCGCACAUUCCUGCUCCUAUCGGCGUGCACAAACGCACUGUCAACCUGCCUCAAAGAUGGUUUGAACAGUGCGAUGGUUCCUUCAAACCUUCUUGUUUUGGUAUUAUGUAUGGUUUUGAAAGCUUCCUUGGACGACAUUGACUCACCAUAUGAGUUCUGGAUGUUCAAUCUUUCAAUCACAUUUGCAUUUCCUUCACUGAAGAGCAAAGCAAAGAUAAUCAACACUGUCGGCAAAACUCGCAUAUUUGGUGUUCGAUACGAUUCCUACCAAAGGAGAUUAUCAUGCAACGGGAAACAAAAUGCCACAGUCUAGGUUCUACCAAAUAGCAGACAGAUAACAGGUUGACAUUUGAAAUCAUUUAAGAAAAACUCCAGAAAGAGCUGUCGCCAUGGCUUGCGGGCACUUAUCAAUAAAUAUUGAUGUGUGUGCAGUAUAAACAGGAAUAAUGUUCACCACCACAACCGAGCAGGCCCCUUUCUGAACUUCCUUCUACCCUCCCUCCUACCUUCUUUCCGACCCACCAUCCCUCCCGCUCUCCUACCUGCCAUCCUGCUCGACCUUCUAUUCAAUCCUACCAGCACUACUGUCUGAAGCUUCUCUGUGCU